CUGAUGCCCCAGCAUUCAGCCUCUGCCAAGUGGACGGACGCAAGAGGAAGACGACCGUCCUUCCAAUUCCAUCACAGAGUGAGGAAGGGGAGGAGCCAGCUGAGUGAGAUAGUGAUGCUCCCAGCAGGUGCCAACAAGUGAGGUAGCAGACUGAGAGCGACUGAGGGAGAUGGAGAAGAGUCUGUGAGCGCAGAAGAUACCCAGAGAUUUGAGAGAGAACAGACAGGCGCUGUGUUCCCAGUUUUCUUUCUCCAGAUAUUCAGACUCCUCGUCUCUGCUGCCAUGCUGUGUCCUGUGCUGCUCUGUGCCGCUCUCCUCCUCCUGACUCCCUUGGAGAUCACAGAGGCUCGCGCUCUGCAUCCUUCUCCCGAUGCUGUGCAGUUUAUGGAGCAGUUUCUGGAACGCUACAAUGACCUUCUGACCCUGGACGACUUGGAGAACCUGUUGAACAGCCAGCCGGAGGAGCAGUCCACCUUCUCCUCAGGGGCGAAAGCCGUCGACAACCCCAAAUGGGCUGACGCGCAGACGCAGCCUGAGACCCCCUGGCUCCGUCUGCUGAAGGGGGCCCUGGCCAACCAGAAGAGAGCAGAGCCAGACCGGUCACGCAGGGGAUGGAACCGAGGAUGCUUUGGCCUGAAACUGGAUCGGAUCGGAUCCAUGAGCGGACUGGGCUGUUAGUGGAAAGAGAGCAGGAAAAAAACAAAAAAAAAAAAACAAGACUGGUAACAUCAUUCAUAGGUUAUAACAACAAAAAAAAACACACAACACAUGAAAAGGCAUUCCCCUGCAGAGAAGGAUGUUUAUAUGCGUGUAGACUACAUAUAGUAUGAUGUGAACUUGCAGUGUUACUAAUGAGGUUUCAUCCAGGAUAGGUCAGAGGCUUCACAGUUUAUUUCAUGUGUAAGUAUUAAACCGAGUAGUAGAAAAUGUGAGCUGUGUUUACAUCAAAUGAUCAUCCUUUAUCUUUGGGCUUGUUUUUCCGAGUAAUUCGUCUCUUUCUGUAUUUCUAGCUUUGUCUGCGUGCAGUACACGUAUAGAUGUGAAGACGUUUCAUAGCCAGGGGAUUGUUUCUAAAAUGGAAAUCCAGAAAUGAUGGUACCUAUAAUUCUUGCGGUUUAUUUUUAUGUUUACUUAAUGAUUUGCAUGAAUAAAUGGAUUUGACAUUU